CGAAUUGGAGUUUGCACAGGAGGGAAAUGUUCUCGCGGCUGUCAAGAAACCAAGUCAAUAGUAGACGGAACGCAAAGAGUUAACAUUAACAGUCUCAGAUAACAUAACAACUCAAACACGAGAUUUGAGUUGAACGGUAAGGUGGGAGUGUACAGUUAUGGAGCUUAUUAAAGAAGAAAAUACGCCGGAGAGUAACAGCAGAGGGCAGCAGAGAGAUGCUCCGACAAGUGUCGUCUCUUCGAAACAAGUGCAAAGAAAUCAGCUGGAGAUCUGUCUGGGUCUGGUGUCUGGAGAUACACAUCCUAUGUGCCGCGGCCGGGAUCCGGAGCCCAAGGCUGGCGAUGCCGCCAGUGACGAUGGAUUUCCUGUAGAAAAAACGUCCGGUGAAGUUUGCGAAGCCCAGAGCAGUAAGAGAGACUCUGAGUGCACUGGAGUCAACACCGAGGGGCUGUCAGAUGGUCGCCAGGGCAAGAGGAAACACAGGAGGCGACCCUCAAAGAAGAAGCGCCGCUGGAAGCCGUACUUUAAAUUAACAUGGGAAGAGAAGAAGGAGCUGGAUGAACGGGAGACGGCACGAGCAUCACGAGUGCGAGCCGAAAUGUUCGCCAAAGGUCUUCCCGUCGCCCCGUACAACACAACGCAGUUCCUCAUGGAGGAGCAUGACCGCGAAGAACCCGAUCUCAACACGGAGCUGGUUGGUCGAAAAUCCGGAGGUAUGCGCUCCGACGACACAGCCAGCGAAGAAGAACAUUUCGAGGCUGACGAAGAGGAGGAGGAGGAAGGCGACGGGAGCGACGGUAUGGGAAGACCCGGACACGCCGGCGGGGAGUUUUUGCAGAAAGACUUUUCUGAGACCUAUGAAAGAUACCACGUCGAGACUCUUCAGAAUAUGUCCAAGCAAGAACUGGUAAGGGAGUACCUGGAGCUGGAGAAGUGCAUGUCCCGGUUAGAGGAGGAGAACAACUGGCUCCGCGGCGUCCGGAGAAACCCGGAGGCGUCAGAUAUCAGCAGCCCCGCCGCUAGCGGCGAUCAACGUGUGCGAGAACUGGAGACUGAGGUGGAGAGACUGAAAGCCGAAAAUAACGAGUUAUUACUCAAAACCCCGAAUACUAAAGGGACUGGACUCGACCAAUCACAGCCGUGCUGAGUGAUGCCCGAUUAUGGACAACAUUUCGAUACGUUUCGUUUGUGUUUUACAUGUCAAAUCAAUUUGUUUUACUGUCUUAAUGUAAUGCAUCUCUGUGGUAGCUAAUACUCUCUCAGUCAUACGAAAGGUAAUGUUUAUUUCUGACAGAAAAUUUAUUAAAAUCCUACGUGCGGUCCCACAUUUUUGCUCAAUCAACAACAUUUGUAAGUGGUUUGCACUAUUUAAUUGGCAACAAAAAAAAUACAACGAUUCGACGGUCAGAAACGGACUACUCUCGAGUUUGCACGAGUACCAUAUCAGCUAAUGUAUUUGUUAUUUUACCAAAAUGAAUAUUUGAAUGCGCCUUUUAUGUAAAACAUUCAUAACAGCAAACAUGCAGCAUUUCUGAUUCAUUAUUUAUGACGCACAUGCUUCAGUGUGUUAAUGCAUGACCAAGACAGUAUGUUGUAAACAGUGGAAAACCGUCAUUGGUAUUUUAUCGUGUUCUGCCCAAAUAUAUCGAUUAUAUGUCGAUUAAAUUAUUCCUUAUUUUA